AUGGGAGCUUCUGAAGAAGAACUCCGCCGGCGUCAUCCAUCCGCAGCAUCUAAGACUAGCAGUAAUGACAGCUGGUCACCGGUCGGAUCUCAAAGAAAGUUGUCUUUCGCCCAGAGGAGAGAACGUGAAUUUAGUAAAGGACCAUGCGAGAAGAUUGUACAUCGGCCUCAGGACUCGCUAUUUAGCAGCAGCUCAGGCUGGACCAACUACAGAGGCUUCUUCAACCUAGCCAUGCUGCUUCUAGCAACUUCCGUGCUUCUUUUCAUUCCAGAUAAUCAGUUUAGACCAUGCGAGAAGAUUGUACAUCGGCCUCAGGACUCGCUAUUCAGCAGUAGCUCAGGCUGGACCAACUACAGAGGCUUCUUCAACCUAGCCAUGCUGCUUCUAGUGGUUUCGAAUGGACGCGUAGCUUUAGAAAAUCUUAUUAAGUAUGGUAUUCUAAUCUCCCCGUUGCAAUGGCUUUCAUUUAUGAUGGUCGAUGCUUCAUUCAAAAAUUUCCCUAAUCUACUGCUGGUACUGUUCUCCAACGCAACAAUUCUUAUUGUUUUUGUCACGGAAAAAAUUCUUGAAAAAGGAUAUCUGAGCAAUUAUUUUGCUGCGAUCUUUUAUCCGAUAGUUGUUUCUAUCCAUCUGGCCUAUCCUGCAGCUGUUACUUUAAUUUUAAAGGUUCUUUUGUUAUCAUUUUCAUUAUUUUUUGGCUUUGUAAAUGCCUCUUACGUGUGUUUGUCAUUCGUGUCACAAUGUGCACGAGAAGAGAGACUGGCAGCAAGAAAGGUCGACCACAUAUCAGAUAUAGGCAGCUCCGAAAUGGCAUCACUCUAUCCAAGCACAUUGACUUUGAGUAAUCUAUACUACUUUAUGUUUGCCCCAACACUUUGCUACGAGCUGAACAAGUUUAGUGCCACAGUUGCGGUAUUUUUUGUUUCAGCCUUUUUCCACGAGUAUCUUGUUUCUGUGCCUAUGCACAUGUUUCGAUUAUGGGCAUACUAUGGUAUGAUGUCGCAAAUACCGCUUUCAUUUCUUACUGAUCAUGUGAUUAAAGGAGGAAGACCUGGAAAUGUCGUCGUCUGGCUUUCCUUAAUUCUUGGCCAACCGCUUGCAAUUCUAAUGUAUGUACAUGACUGGUACAACUUCAUUUUUCCUUACCCUCUCUCCUCUCAUUCUCCACCUCGCAAAUGUCUAAUUAUUUCCUUUGAAAGGAUUUUCGCCUGUGUCUCUCCCUUCUUACCUUCCCCUACUUCCCCACCUUUUCCCCAGCUCAUCGAAUUUUCUCUGUUUAUAAACUUCACUUUCUUGGAUUACAGAUGCCUUGAGCGACUGUUGAAACUUGCAAUACCCAACCUGAUCAUCUGGCUGAUUGGUUUCUACACCAUUUUCCAUUCUUUGCUCAAUUUAGUUGCGGAAAUCCUCAAGUUUGCUGAUAGAGAGUUUUAUCGUGAUUUUUGGAAUUCUGAGACGAUCCAGUACUUCUGGCGCACAUGGAACAUACCAGUUCAUCGUUGGGCAGCUCGUCACGUUUAUAUGCCAAUGGUGCGUAAUCAUUACCACAAGUUUAGUGCCACAGUUGCGGUAUUUUUUGUUUCAGCGUUUUUCCAUGAGUAUCUUGUUUCUGUGCCCAUGCACAUGUUCCGAUUAUGGGCAUACUAUGGUAUGAUGUCGCAAAUACCACUUUCAUAUCUUACUGAUAACGUGAUUAAAGGAGGAAGACCUGGAAAUGUCGUCGUUUGGCUCUCCUUAAUUCUUGGCCAACCGCUUGCAAUUCUAAUGUAUGUACACGACUGGUACGUUAUGUAUCAAAUAAAUGCAGAGCUCCACCCUGGCAAGGAAUAG